UGCUGUGGUAGAGGAAGGAGUGAAGGGGCCAGUUCGAGGUAGCGGCGGCGGGUGGCGACGGCGCCGGAGACAUCACCCCCGGCCCCGACCUGCCCCUGCUCCCGCACGCAAGUGCCCCUGGGUCUGCGGGGAGCAGGAGGAGGAGGAAGCGGCGGAGGCCCAACUCCCGUGGGGCAAGAUGUUGAACAUGUGGAAGGUCUGGGAGCUGGUGGACAAAGCCACCAAUGUGGUUAUGAAUUAUUCAGAGAUUGAGUCUAAGGUUCGAGAGGCAACCAACGAUGAUCCUUGGGGACCUUCUGGGCAACUCAUGGGAGAGAUUGCCAGGGCCACAUUUAUGUAUGAACAGUUUUCUGAACUUAUGAACAUGCUUUGGACCCGAAUGUUGAAAGAUAACAAAAAGAACUGGAGAAGAGUCUAUAAGUCGUUGCUGCUCCUAGCUUACCUCAUAAGGAACGGAUCAGAGCGUGUUGUUACAAGUGCCAGAGAACACAUUUAUGAUUUGCGAUCCCUGGAAAAUUACCACUUUGUAGAUGAAAAUGGCAAGGACCAAGGUAUAAAUAUACGCCAAAAGGUGAAAGAAAUGGUAGAAUUUGCCCAAGAUGAUGAUAGACUUCGAGAAGAGAGAAAGAAGGCAAAGAAGAACAAAGACAAAUAUGUUGGGGUUUCUUCAGACAGUGUUGGAGGGUUCAGAUAUGGUGAAAGGUAUGAUCCUGAGCCAAAAUCAAAAUGGGACGAAGAGUGGGAUAAAAACAAGAGUGCUUUUCCAUUCAGUGAUAAAUUAGGUGAGCUGAGUGAUAAAAUUGGAAGCACAAUUGACGACACCAUCAGCAAGUUCCGCAGGAAAGAUAGAGAAGACUCCCCAGAAAGAUGCAGUGACAGUGAUGAAGAAAAGAAAGCAAGAAGAGGCAAAUCUCCCAAGAAUGAAUUUAAAGAUGAAGAGGAAACUGUAACGACAAAACACAUACACAUUACACAAGCCACAGAGACAACCACCACUAGACACAAACGCACAGCAAAUCCUUCCAAAACCAUUGAUCUUGGAGCAGCAGCACAUUACACAGGGGACAAAGCAAGUCCAGAUCAAAAUGCUACAACUCAUACACCUCAGUCUUCAAUAAAGACUUCAGUGCCUAGCAGCAAAUCAUCUGGUGACCUUGUUGAUCUACUGUUUGAUGGCACUAGCCAACCAACAGGUGGAUCAGCUGAUCUGUUUGGAGGAUUUGCUGACUUUGGAUCAGCUGCUGCAUCAGGAAACUUUCCUUCACAAGGUUCAGCAACAAGUGGGAAUGGAGACUUUGGUGAUUGGAGUGCCUUCAACCAAGCUUCUUCGGGUCCCAUGACUCCUAGUGGAGAGCUUUUCAGUAGCCCCUCCCAGCCAGCUGUGGAACUCAGUAGCUCACAGCCAACUCUGAGUCAGCCUUCAGCAGCCUCAAAUACUUCAGACCUAUUUGAUUUAAUGGGCUCCUCCCAGGGAACCAUAACAUCUUCCCAAAGUAUGAAUUUCUCUAUGAUGAGCACUAAUACGGUGGGCCUUGGUUUACCCAUGUCACGGUCACAGCCUUUACAAAAUGUUAGCACAGUGCUGCAGAAGUCUAAUCCUCUCUAUACUCAGAAUACAGAUAUGGUCCAGAAAUCAGUCAGCAAAACCCUGCCAUCUACUUGGUCGGACCCCAGUGUAAACAUUAGCCUGGACAACCUACUACCUGGUAUGCAGCCUUCCAAACCCCAGCAGCCAUCUCUUAAUACAAUGAUUCAGCAACAAAAUAUGCAACAGCCUAUGAAUGUGAUGACCCAAAGUUUUGGAGCUGUGAACCUAAGCUCACCACCGAAUAUGAUCCCUGUCCGGCCUCAGACCAAUACCUUGAUGGGGGGACCCAUGCCUGUGGGCAUGCCUAAUGUGAUGACUGGCACAAUGGGCAUUGCCUCUCUUGGAAAUACUCCUUUGAUGAACCAGGGAAUGAUGGGAAUGAAUGUGAACAUGGGAAUGCCUUCUACGGGGCUGGGAUUAACAGGCCCAAUGGGCAUGGGAGUGCCCAGUCUAGCCAUGGCUUCUGGAACUGUACAACCCAAGCAAGAUGCCUUUGCAAACUUUGCCAACUUUAGCAAAUAAGAGUUUAUAAAGAACCAGAUUGAAUGAAGGAUUUUUAGCUGCAGAGAGAGGUGAUGUUGGGGUGGAAAAUGCUGAUCAGUACCCUUUUCUUUUACCAAUUACUAAAAAUGAACCUGCAUAAAAA